AUGCUCGGACGGUGGCCUGGAGCGCUGCGCACUGUGCGCCAGCUGCACACUGGUGCGCUGCGUGCGACGAUGCCGCGCGCAGAAGAGACCGUGAAGGAGAUCAACAAGCUGCAGCGGACGUACCACCCCCUUGGCUACGAGAACUCGGCAGGGUACCUCCGCGCCCGGAAGCCGUAUGUGGUGAGCAACAUGCUCAUUUUCCUGGGCCUCAUGGGCUUUGUCGGCGGUGUGUAUACCUAUUCGAUUGUGAUGGUGGAACAGGACGACUUUUCCGACCUUGAUAACAUCCGCGUCCUCCCCGAGGGCGAGGCGGCGAGCCCCGACCGGCUGUCCGAGGUGAGCGGGACACCGAGCGUCACUGCCAAGGCGAAUGCGCUGGCCGAGUCCUCGGUGAGCGCCCCGCCGGCGCCGGCACCGCCUGCUCCGGCACCGGUGGCGCAGCCCCGCCCGGUGGCCGCCGCGCCUGUGAUGAACAAAAAGGCGAUUUAG